CACACUCACAGCGGAGGGAAAUAUAUUAUUCCAGUGUGUUUAUUCAGAUUGCACAAAAUUCCAUAAUUGCAUACGGUGCUGAGGUGCGUAGAAUGUCCGGGGAUUUGCGUUUGUGUUCGGAGCUAGUGCUAAGGCGGAAAGGCGCGCUUGGCAGCUGAUUAGCGAGGCCGUGAAGACACACCAUUUUCGUUGUGAAAAUACAACCUCGCCGGAACCUUCAACUAACCACUCCAGCGAAACAGCCGACCACUCAUCCAAAAUGGUCAACCUCCGCACGCAGAAGCGCCUUGCGGCCUCCGUUGUCGGCUGCGGAAAGCGCAAGAUCUGGCUCGACCCCAACGAGGUCAACGAGAUCGCAAACGCCAACUCCCGCCAGACCAUCCGCAAGCUCGUCUCCGAUGGCCUCAUCAUCCGCAAGCCCGUCACCAUGCACUCGCGUGCCCGCGCUCGGGAGCUCACCGCCGCUCGCCGCAUCGGCCGUCACCGUGGUUUCGGUAAGAGGAAGGGUACCAAGGAUGCUCGUAUGCCCAGCCAAAUCCUCUGGAUGCGCCGUCUCCGAGUCCUCCGCCGUCUUCUCGUCAAGUACCGUGCCGCCGGAAAGAUCGACAAGCACCUCUACCACGAGCUCUACCACCUGAGCAAGGGUAACACCUUCAAGCACAAGCGUGCGCUCGUUGAGCACAUUCACAAGGCCAAGGCCGAGAAGGCCCGCGAGAGGGUUCUCAAGGAGGAGAUGGACGCCAAGCGUGCGAAGACCAAGGCCGCGAGGGAAAGGAGGUUGGAGCGCAAGGAGACGAAGCGUGCCGAGUUGGCCGGCGAGACCGAGGAGGCUUAAAUUAUGGGCGGCAUGACACACUGGCGUGGGCUUUCUUAAAGGUAAAGGAGGCGCUCAUCUCCUUUCUAUGUGGGCAUAUGCGGUCAUGUUUUCAUGUACGUCCCGGGUCACAUUCUGCAAAAGAGUCUUUUUUUUCUCUCCAAGCAUACUCGAUGGCCAAGGCCGCUUCUCUCAAAAGCAGACAUGCGAUGCAAUGUAUGCCCGUAACAAACAGCGUUAAUGGGAAUUGCAUUUCGGCGUACAGGGUACCAUGCAGCUGUGCCAAUGACCCAUGUGAUGUGCAGUACUCCCGGAAUAAAAACAAAACUCUUUCACAAUUACCAUCUUAUCUCUACUAGUUGUGCAAGGUGUAACGUGUCUAAUCUACCAUCGGUCGACAU